ACGAUUGCGUCAAGGCGGGCCCAAAUGACGGAAGCUCACUGACCGGAAGGCUAGUUUUCCAGUCUUCGAAAUAACUUGAAACUACAAAAUCGUCCAAAUCUUUGACACUGUAUGUAUCUUACCAAUAAGUAAAUAAAAUCUACCAGUUGUGGUUUAUUUGCUGCCGCUAAGUUAGCCGAAGAAUCACACAAACUCUUAAACUUCGGGUAAAGAAGGCUAGCUCCACGCUGGAACACCCGACGUUGUGCUGCAAUGGAGUAAAAACAAAAACGACAACGUGGCGUCCAUUCGGUUUGGACCAAAAGUACAGGGAUGAAGAAGUGGACCUGGAAAGAGGACAGACGAGUCCAAAGAGGACAGCAAGGUUACACUCGUCACCCUGGACGUGGACGCUACCGGGGAAGACCACGGUGGCGACCAUCAUGGGAAGACAGGGAUGGCUAUGACGCUGCAGGGCCUUCUUCCAGAACAUCUGACAACGAAAUCAGCUCUUCUUCCUCAGACAACAGCUCGGCGCCAGAACUACCAGGUUUCUACUUUGACUCGGAGAAGAACAGAUACUUCCGCUUGUUGCCGGGUAACAACAACUGCAACCCUCUAACCCGGGAGCAGCUGAAGAAAAAGUCACAAGAGAAAGAAAGAGCCAGGAUGCUCGAGGAGGAUGGCAAGGCCACAAAAAAAGCUCCGAGGGCAGGGCUCAACGCUUCCUUGCUUCUACAGAAUAGACGUCUCGGGCUGCUAGCUGAGAUGUCCUACCACAGGCAGGUCCACGAGUGUAGGAUCAGCACCAUGAGAUGCCGCAAGCUGGACCAUCAGAGCGCAGACAACUUCAGGACUAUUAUGGCCGACUCGUCGUGCGAGCAAGUGUUCACUGUUAGCGACAUGUCUUAUGGGGGCUGCAAGUACAGCUGCUUGGGCUUCAGCAGAAGCAGCAGCGGUGGAUCGCUGACUGUCAAAAUGUGUGACAACCCCUACUUCACCAAUUACAAGGUGAAUUCCCUCUGCUGGGCGUCAGUCAACCAUCUCGACUCUCACGUGUUACUAUGCUUGGUGGGGGUCGCAAACAGGCUCGGCUCCAUCACUUUGCUCCCAACGGCGCUCUUCAGCAACUCUGACUCAAAUCAGACAGGGAUGUGCUGCAAUUUUAAGAUCCCCAUGGCCUGGUGCUGCGCUUGGUGUCUACAUCCGCAGUUUGACAAGUGGUUCAGUGCAGGUUUGUCCUAUCAGGUGGUCCUGCAACAAGCCGUCUCAGGCAAAAGACAAACAAUCAGCGUCGACAGCGACAUCUUGGCUCAGCAGUUUUGUGUUGGAGUCCCCUUGCUGUUCAACGGCUGCCGGUCGGGGGAGAUUUUCAGUCUCGACGCGCGGAAUAUGAGAGGCAGUAAAGCGACGAGCUUGAAACAAGAAUCGGCCAUCACGUCUCUACGCAUAUUGCGGGACGAGAACUACCUGCUUGCUGCGGACAUGUCAGGCCAGAUCAAGCUGUGGGACAUACGGGCCAGGAAGCCUGUACAGGAGUACCGGGGCCACUACAACGAGCACGCCGCCCUCCCCAUCCAUGUUAGUGAGCCCGAGGGCCUUCUUUUGACUGUGGGUCAGGACUGCUACACAAGGUUCUGGAGCCUGCGGGAUGGCCACCUUCUAAGGACCAUCCCAUCGCCCCACCCGGCCGCCAGCGACGCCAUCCCCAGCGUGGUCUUCUCCUCCAGCCUUGGUGGCCGCACGGGGGUCCCUGGCCUGCUGAUGGCUGUCAAAAAAGACCUCUACUAUUUCCCCUACAACACGGAUGAGACAACGCCACAGGAAGUCUGACUGAACACGACACGUAAAUCUGCCUUUACAAGGAAUGUAGUCAUUUGAAAAGAGAGUUUUUUGCAGCACUGUUGUGCCGAGCUGCAAUUUACUGAGAGCUAGUUCUUAGAUUUGAUAAUCUUAGAGAUGGGUUCUUUGUAUUCUAAAACAGGAAGAAUACUUGCAACGUUUGCAAAAAUAUAGUUGAAUGAGCAAAUAAAAAAAAAAAUUAAAAAAAGCAUCUUUUUAAAAAGUGACAAACUUAAUUUCCAGUCCAGAGCAUGGUGCUGACUGCUCUUUGUGUCAUUUAGUUUAAUGCUUACUUUUUGUUUCGAUAUGGUAUUUUGUUUCAGCAUUUUUUUGUUUGUUUUUAAUGUUUUUUAUGUUAAAAACCAAUGUUUUUUCAGGUAAAAAUAAUUAAAUCUACUUCCUCUGACAUCAUGAAACUACAGAUUUUUUUGUCAUCAAUAUAAGUCCCAUCAAUAUAAGUCCCAGAAAACUUGCAAUGUAUACUUGACAGAUACACUGAGGACAUGUCCCCCCCAAAAAUUACUUAAAGGCAAUGUCAGAAAUGUUCCAGAGACUGGUAUGUCAAUUUGAUGUUUGUUUUGAAUAAAUUUGUUCUUUUUUGUUAAA